CAUAAACAAGAUGACUGCCAGACUUUGCCGCCAGUCCUGUGUGUCUAUGGGCUGAGUUUUCCUCACAGAGCGACAGACACACUCAGAGAAAGUUAGCAGAGGGGCAGAGGGAAAGUAGACGAACAGGAAAGAGACUAAGCAGAAAGACAGGAAAACCCAUCAGGAGAAAGGAAAGACAGGCAAGAACUGACAGAGGAGGAGAGGAAAGUUAAAGUCAGACUGAACAAAGGAUCAGUCUUCUUUUGUCAUGGCUGAGAACAACACAAAUGUCUUUUUGGAAAUUCUGCAGUCCUUCGAUGCUGUCCCUCUGAUCAUAGCUUUCUGUGUGUCCGUGGCUGUGGGUCUGCUCUUGGGUGCCCUGGUUUACGUCAUCCUGACAUGGAUGUCCCGGCGCAAAGCAGGCUCUGCCAGCAUCACCCGCCGCCCACCCCGUCAGUCUCACACCGCCUCCCGCACCCGGCCUGGCUUCAACCGCAACAGCAGCUACGAUCGCCGGAGCAACAACAGUUUAAUAAGUGCUGCUUUCAGCUUUCACCGCCAAACUUCAACCCCAGAUCAAUUUGACCCCCUGGGGCAUAAAUCCAGCUUCAGAGCCUCCACCUUCCACCCUCUCAUCCAGUGCAGCCAGAUUGCGAGGGAGGCAGAGGAGGGCAGUCAGACUACACUGCCUCGAACACCAACUCUGACCAUGUCCGCUGGAUCAGCUCAUACCACGGCCCAAGCAGGCGCCACCCCAACAAGACCUGACUCACUUUGGGGAAACAAUGGUUUGAGGGGUUUUAAUGCUACACAAACUCCACCUCCUGCCUAUGAGAGCAUCAUUAGGGCUUAUCAGGAAACAUGCACCUGAAAGGAAAGAGGACACCAAAAAAGAAAGAACACUGCAUCUUAAAUAGAUAUGGAGAGGAUAAUGAAUCUAUUCUGGCCAAGAAGCCCUGAUCAAGACAAUAAAACACAGAAACGACUUAUUUUUUUAAUGUCUUUUUCUCUUUUAGCCUUUUAAUAAUCAAAAUGGAAUAUUACGUGACAGUUGAAACUGGCUGGUAGCUAUAUGAUCAGAGAUGUUUCAUCGAAAAUGUUUAUUCAUGUUGACUGACUAUGGUAUACAGUUACACAGGUUAGGAUAAAACAUUUACAAAUGCUGCAAUCUGGGCAUUUAAAAUGGCAGGAAAGAUGUUUGCUUCAUCUGUAGAAGUCAUAUAAUAAGUAAGCAAAAAUAAAAGAAAAUGACUUUAUAAAAUGAGGAAGUGUGUCAACUUGGUGUUUAAAAAUGUAUGCAAAAUUAUAUUGAGAUGUGGUUAAAAUUACCUAAUAUUUUUUCAAUUGUCUGUUACUGCCUCUUAUAUUUUUACAAUGCUGCAUAGAGUGAAAGUGUGUGCAUGAAUAGUAUGCAUGAAUAUGGAAGAAGAUGCCAUAGGUGGGCUCUGUGGUCUGAUGUCUUUGAGUUGUAUAAAUGUUUGUUAAGUUAAUGUAAUAAAAGCACGAAUGAAAAGUUUCCCAUACAGAGUUCAUCAUUUUCAACAUGUUUGUAAAGUAUUUAAAAUUUGUACUUUUCUUGCGCAAUAAGACACAAUUUUUAGUCACAUGCAAAGCUUCAUUUCAGAUUCAACAAGAGAUGGAAGAACACGAGAGUUCAAAUAAAUCUGUUUUGG